UUGAGCGCAGUCCAAACACUAGAAAUCAUGAAAUUCCUGAUCAUUGCCGUCGCCUUCCUGGCCUGCGCCUUCGCCGAUGUCUCUGAGCUGUCUGGCUACGACUACCAGCAGCCCGCUGCUGCUCCCGUGGAGACCUACAUCCCCCCCGCACCGCCAGCGCCCGCACCCGCUCCCAUUGAGACCUACAUUCCCCCAGCUCCCCCGGCUCCCGAGUACAUCCCUCCUGCGCCCAUCCAGGCCGAGGAGCCCAUCCUCGAGGAGAUCGAGCAGCCCGCCCAGGACGGAUACCGCUACAAGACGGUGCGCCGUCGCGUCUUCCGCCACCGCAACUAAGUCGCUGGAAUCCAUUGUUAUUGUUAAUUUGUUGACUCGAGUGUAAUUGCUGAAAUACACUUGGAGAGUAAAUCUAUGAGAAAUUGUAACUGAACCCAUGUUCGUUGUCUUGUAUUUACUUUGGUGCAAAUCAAAGUCUAGAGAACAGGAGAAUGUACCAACCAUUGAACACACCAACAUCAGAUUGAUACUUAAAUAUAUCUAAUUGAAAUAGUA